AUGACUUUGCCAGGAGUUUGAAGGUUCAAGGAGCUGGAUCUUUCCAAUAUACUGAAAACAACAUUUCUAGCUAUAAUGCGAGUCAUCCUCAUCUUCCUCCCUCUAGUGCUUCUUGCGGCAUGUUCCACGGGCCUGGGCAUUGUUCCAGCUAUUGGUGACGAUGCGGGAGUGCUGUUGUCUUUCAAGAUGGGCCUGGACAAGCCCGAUUCUCUGCGUAGCUGGAACCGGACCACUCCCUUGGCUUCAUGGAAGGGUGUGGAAUGGAACGGGACGGCCGCCAUUGAGCUCCAACUUGCAAACUUUGGCCUCAAAGGUGAGCUAAGCAGCAAUCCCUUCUGGUGCAGCCUCACGUCACUCCGCGUCCUCAACCUCACAUCCAACAACUUGACUGGAACUCCAUUCUCUUCCAAAUGGUGCUCCAGCCCAAGCCUUGAGUCGCUGUGGCUGCCAUACAAUAAUCUCACAGGCCCACUUCUGAGAGAAAUACACAGCAGCACUCUCCACGAGCUCGUCCUCACCUUGAACUCCUUCCACGGCCCCAUCCCUCACGACCUUGGGGAGAGACUCCCAGCUCUGCGAAUCCUCAACCUUAAUGGCAACAGUCUCACCGGAUACAUCCCACCUACGCUCGGCAUGCUAACCCAGCUAGAGAAGCUAUCACUCGCGUUCAACUUGGACCUGCGCGGGGGAAUCCCAUCGUCCCUCUCCAACUGCACUAAACUCCAGGUGCUUGAUCUCGCAAAUAACUUCCUCACCGGAGGCCUGGAUGAUUCACUGCGUUUGCCUUCUCUCAUACGCCUCAGUCUCCAACAGAACAACUUUCAAGGCAGGUUGCCAGACCAUUUAUGUAACAACUCUCCCGCUCUAUCUUUUGUCGACCUCAUCGACAACAGGCUGAGUGGCUCUAUACCUCAGUCCUUGGCCAACUGCACAAGCCUCCAGGAUCUCCUCCUAGACAUUAACCAGUUCACGGGAAAUAUCCCCCAGGAGCUCUCAGCUCUAACCUCUCUCCGUAGCCUCGCCCUCUCACUCAAUCUCCUGUCUGGAGAAAUCCCUCCUUCGAUACUCUCAAACUGCACCAUGCUCGAGGUAUUCGACGCAGGACACAACAAACUUGACAGUGGCAGCUUUUCAGACACAAACAUGUCAACGAGUCUUGUACUCCUGCAUUUGAAUCGCAACCGGAUGUCUGGGCGACUCCCAAACACCAUGAGUCCGAGGCUGGGGUAUCUCAACCUCAACCACAACUCUUUCACUGGAGGAAUUCCAGACACUUGGAGUUCAUCCUUGUGCGGCUCCAUUAGACUUGUACAUCUUGGCUGGAACAUGCUGGAAGGAAAGAUUCCAUCUUGGCUCGGCAAUUGUACCAAUCUCUUCUACCUCGAUUUAGAAGACAACAACUUCAAUGGAACUAUCCCACCACAGCUCGGGUAUAUCUCAGCACUGAGCUCCAGAGAGUUCCGGCCGAAGAGCAUUGGCAACUGCAGAAUUUGUCCUUCAAUGGCCUUUUUUCUGCCGUCUAAUUCAAUCAGCAGCAAGAGUGCAAAUGGUUUGCGCACCGGGUUAUCACUGCGGUUGAACAAGCUCACGGGCGGCAUUCCACACGAGCUCGGCAAUCUCCAAGGCUUGCAGGUCCUGGACCUGGGCAACAACAGCCUCUCCGGACCCAUUCCACCAUCGCUCUCCAACUUGACCAAUCUCGAGUUACUUGGGCUCUACAACAACAAUCUCUCUGGCACCAUCCCAUCCAGCCUCUCAAGCCUGACCUUUCUAAAUGCCUUUAGUGUUUCCAACAACAACCUCCAAGGUCGGAUACCCGAGGGUACCCAAUUCUCCACAUUCCGACCAGACUGGUUUGAUGGCAACCCCGGCCUCUGCGGUCCUCCUCUUCUCCACCGACCUUGUCCAUCUCUUGGACCUGUUCCUCAGCAACAACAAGGUAUUCAUUCUCAACAACAAGGUAGCCUGGUGGACAUCCCUUUUGCAAUUGGAGCUACCAUUGGUUUCUCCAUUGCCUUCUGGGCUGCCUUCUUCCAGCUACCAAGGCGCCUCAUUCUUCGUCUCCUAGAUUGUAUAGAUCGGGCAUUUGGUUUGUGCAUUUUUUGUUAUUCUGCUCAUACUUUGGUUGGAAUCGAUGGUGAAGCCAGCAGCUGGUGGACGAUGCGAAUCCUCAUAUCUUCGUGUUACUGCUCAGCUCGACACUGCUACUUGGGAGUAACGCUGAUGGGCUCCAUUCUUGCUGAGCUCACGGUUAUGGGGUUGGGGGACCAUAAACCGGUGUUACUCGCACCAGACAGGGGUCGAACCUGUGACUUUCUGCUUAGGAAACAGACGCUCUAUCCACUGAGCUACAGGCGCAUUGACAAGUCUGGAUGCAACAUCUCAGAGCCUCGGUUCGAUCAAAAGGAGUGUGGCGAGUGUCACUCGUAUCCAAGCUUGUUUGGCUACAGGUUUGAUUGGGAUGGCAAGCACGCCUUGCUCUUGUGGCCUACUCCCACUUGCAACGCCUCCACUCCCACAAGGAUGACAAGCUCUACAAGACACUGUGGCCCUCCUCCUCUUGGUCGCCCUCUAUACCUAUCAUACAAAAUCUUGUGUUGA